UUAACUCGAUUCGGAUCCAGUGAGGUGGCUAAUUAUGACAACCGUUGGGUUCUACUAACAAAUCACUAGGUGUUCCACCUAAACAGACGGAUCACCAACCGCAUUAACAAGAUGCAGUACCUCCCUCAGGGUGGGAUGAAGAACCUGGCUGGAGAGGGGAGGAGUCAGCACACUAAUCCUGGUCACUCUAACUCCACCCAAGAAGGUGUCAUGGAUGUUCUGCGCCCACAGCUUGUAACAUUCGAUGGUCGGAAUUAUAGAAAGAAUCCUGUCCAGGAAAAGCAGCCCCAACAUGAAGAGGAGGAGGAUUUCUAUCAAGACUCCAUGGAGUACUCGGAUGAGCCCUGCGGUGCCUAUGAGGUGGAGCAGACCCCUCAUGGAUUCCGGGCCACCGUCAGUGCCCCUAGCCUGCUCUACAAGCACAUAGUUGGAAAGAGAGGCGAUACCAAGAAGAAAAUAGAAGUGGAGACUAAAACAUCUAUUAACAUUCCUAAACUCGGCCAUGAGGGAGAAAUCGUGAUCACUGGUCAUCAUCGAAAUGGUGUAGUUUCCGCGCGAACUCGGAUCGAUGUCCUCCUGGACACGUUCAGGAGGAGGCAGCCUUUCACUCACUUCCUCUCCUUCUUCCUCAAUGAAGUUGAAGUCCAGGAACGGUUUCUGGAGUUCCAGGCGGAAGUACUGAAGAAGUGUUCCAAGGAUCGUGGGGUUGACAGCACCAUUUUUCAGAAUCCCAAAAAGCUUCACCUAACUAUUGGCAUGUUGGUACUCCUAAGUGAACAAGAGAUCCAGCAGACCUGUGAGAUCCUGCAGCGCUGUAAGGAGGAAUUCAUUAAUGACAUUUCCGGAGGCAAACCCCUGGAAGUAGAGAUGGCAGGGAUCGAAUACAUGAAUGACGACCCUGCUAUGGUGGAUGUUCUUUAUGCCAAAGUCCACAUGAAAGACGGCUCCAACAGAUCCUUAGGUCCUCAUGUGCAGAUGAAGGUUUGCGGAUGGAAAAAAACGAGACCAUAGAACUGAGUUCUUUUGAAGACAGUCCUCACACUGGAUCUGACUCCUCAGUGAUGGAGAGCUCAGGUCUCAGCGGCCAGCUCAUCAGAACGUUCCCCACAAAGCCAGCCCUACACGUUUGCUGUACUUCUUGUCAAAGCUUCGUGAAUUAAAUGGCAGACUGACACUGAGUCCACUAAUGUGAUCAACCAAGAAUGUUUCUGAGUCAUUCCCAUCUCCUCUGCUGCUCUACUGUGAGCUUUAUUGUCCAUUUCCCCAUAGGAAUAGCAGCUGUUAUGUCAGGAUGUGUCACUCCCCCCUUCCCAGAUGUACACUGUUUAAGACUGUAUUCUAAAGCUCAGGUUUAAGUCAACUUACAGACCUUCUGAAAUGUCUCCUUCGUGCGAGGAAAUUUAGAGGGUUGGCUAAUUGAUAUGGGAGUAAGACAUGGCUCCUUUUAAAGUGUGUGUGCCUGUGUCUAUGUGUGAUGUGUGUGUGCCUGUGUAUGAUGUGUGAUAUGUAUGUGUGUGUCUGUCUGUCUGUCUGUACGUGAGAUGUGUGUCUAUGUGUGAUGUGUGUGUGUCUGUACUAUGUAUGAUGUGUGGUGUGCGUGUGUGUGUGUGUGUGUGUGUGUGUGUGCGUGUGUGUGUCUUUGUGUGAGAUGUGGGUGUGGGGGGGGGUGCAGAGGAUUUCUUUCUUUUUCUGUUGUUCUCUACCUCAUUUCUUAAUUAAUUUGCUUUUGAGACAGGGUCUCUCACUGAAACUGAAGCCCAUAAGGAGGUUUCAGGCUAGAAAGGGCUACAUAGUAAGACUGGUUUUUAUUCUGUUUUUGCUUUGUUUUUGUUUAGUAAGGUUGUUUGUAUAAAGUUAAUAUAAUAAUUACAGUUAUUAACCAACAGAAAACAUCACUUGAAAGCUAAAAUCUGUGUUCUCAUUAUAGCAACAAAAAUUACAAGAUAAUUAGGAAUAAAUAUGACAAAGCCCUUGUAAGACUUUUUUGCAGGAAAUUGUAGCAUAUAAAAGAUUGUGUGUUCAAUAAUAGAUGCUGCCUUAGUCCAUGGCCUUUUGCUGUGAGCAGACGCUGUGACCACAGCAACUCAUAAGGACAGUAUUUCAUUGGGGCUGGCUUACAGGUUCAGAGGUCCAGUCCAUCAUCAUCAUGAUUGGGGGAGCAUGGUGGCACGCAGCUGAGAGCUUUACAUCCUGAUCUGAAGGCAGCAGAAAGGAAGAGCCAUUGGGACUGGGUUGGGCCUCUGAAACCUCAAAGCCGACCCUCAGAGACAUUCUUCUCUAACAAGGCCACACCUCGAAAUCCCUCUCAAAUAGUACCUCUCCCUAAUGACCAAGAAUCCAAACCACUCAGCCUAUGGGGGGGUCAUACCUAUUCAAACCACCACAGAUGCCAUUUAAAAGCAUUUGUGGUUAAUUCUGUCAGAAUUUUAUUCAACAUUUUUUGGUCAUGUCCUUUCCACAUUCCUCACCCUUACUCCUCUAUAUAUGUGUGCCUGGUGUCCUUAGAGACCAGAAGUCAGAUCCCCUAGGACUGGAGUUAGAGAUGAUUGUGAGCUGGGAACGGGAAUUGAACCUGGAUCCUCUGAAAAGCAGCAGUGUUCUUAAUCUCUGAGCUAAAUUUCCAGCACACCCCACUUUCUCAAAAAUAACCCAGUAGGUCCAGUUUAUGCUACCCAUAGACCCCCAGGUGUAGGGCUAUCUUCUGGAGCAUGGUCAACGUGUUGGUAGCUACACCAUUCCAAGAGCUCUGACUCUCCCUUCCCCAGGGACCAUCAGCUGUUCAGGGCUCCUCAGUUAGGGCUGGGACUCCUGAACCCUUCCCCCUUCAUGCUAGAAUGGGACUGACUGGGUCUUGUACAGACACCACUCUUUAAAGAUGCCAUUUUGCGGGGUUGGGGAUUUGGCUCAGCGGUAGAGUGCUUGCCUAGCAACCGCAAGGCCCUGGGUUCGGUCCCCAGCUCCGAAAAAAAGAAAAGAAAAAAAAAAGAUGCCAUUUUGCUCCCCAUAGCUUUAUAUGCAUUUAAAGCAAGUCAUGUGCUGCACACAUAACUGAAAGGGAGAGCCAGGAGCAGGAGCCAUUGCUGUAGGAACAGGAGCAAGGUGUUUAGAAGCCAUUAGAGUAGUCUGGGAGAAGCAAAAUGGCCCAAAUUAGAGCAGUGGCAGUGGGAAUCAAUAAUUGGAUGCAAGAAGUAGAAUAUGCUUGAUUGGGCAAUUUUCUUAAACCAGAGGAUAGAGAGAUGACUAAGCUAGUUUAUGUCAGGAAUACAAAGGUUAUUCAGAUUAGGAAAUCUAAUAAUAUCCCUGUCAAAUUUAAAAGCAAUAUCUAAAUACAUGCUUAAAAGGAUUUUGCUGGGGACAGAGGCACACUCCUGUAUUCCCAGCACUCAGGAGGGAGGCCAAGGUAGAGUUCAAGGUCAUUCUUAGCUACAGUGUAAGUUCUAGGUCUAGACUGCAAGAGACUUUUGAAAAACCAAGACCCAAGUUAGAUCCCUAGGUCCCACUGGUGGAUGGAGAGAACCAACUUCUCGAGUUAUUCUCUGAGCUCCACACUGUGCCUACCCAUGGUCACAGGUAAAUAAACAAAUAAAAUUUAAAAACAAAGGCAAAACAGAAAAGAAGUAGAUAUAGUCUAGCUGUUGAGAACUGGCAAAUGGGAGAGUUGCAUUUGUUUGUUUUGGUGCUGAGUCCUGUGUGGCCAUUUGGAAGGGAUGGUGUUUCCCAACCCUGGAACAGCCAACAAGGCAUGGGCCUCCACAAGUGUUAUGGUUGCUAGGUGUAAGACUUGUUUGUAUAUUUUACGUUAUGUUCCUCCUUUGAGGUGAAUGUCCUCUCUGCCAAGGGUAAUCCUUGGUAGGUAAACUCCAUGGUAACCAGAGUAACUCCAUGGUAAUCAGUAACUCCAUGGUAAUCAGAGACAGCACAAGUCCAGGAGGUGAGGGUGUCUCUAUGUCCUUAACAAAAAACGGCAAACUGUAACCUUCGGGACAGGCCUUAAGGCUGUAGAAAACUCUGAGAACAUGAGUUUUAAAAUAUAUAAUUUCUCGGGCUGGAGAGUUGGCUCAGCGGUUAAGAGCACUGACUGCUCUUCCAGAGGUCCUGAGUUCAAUUCCAGCAACCACAUGAUGGUUCACAACCAUCUGUAAUGGGAUCUGAUGCCCUCUUCUGUGUGUCUGAAGACAGCUACAGUGUACUCAUAUAAAUAAAAUAAAUCUUUAAAAACAAAAACAAAAAAAAUAUAUAAUUUCUCAACUAUGCAAUAUGAAAGGAUGCAAUAUGAAUUAUAUGAGGGACUUCACAGACCUAAAAGAACAGAGGCAGCUGCACUAUGAACCAGCUUGUCAGAAAGAUACAAAGGCAGGCAGAUUCCUGAGUUCAAGGUUAGUCUGGGACAGAAUGAAUUUAGGUUGGCAUAGUGGGAAUGGUAAUCUCAGGAUGGAUCCCACCCAGCUAAACUUAUUGUUUGUGCUUACAAAGGCAGGAGGCAUGGGGUUGGGGAUUUAGCUCAGUGGUAGAGCGCUUGCCUAGGAAGCGUGAGGCCCUGGGUUCGGUCCCCAGCUCUGAAAAAAAGAACCAAAAAAAAAAACAAAAAAAAAAAAAAAAAACAAAAAAAACAAA